GCCUCCACGACUCCUUUGCCUCCUCCACACCACCAAGGUCAGUCAGUACGCAACGACACCCACAUCACUCCAGACUCCUGGAGCUCAUCCGCAUUCCAAGCGCCCUCUCUCUUCCCGUCUUGUCAUUCUGCAGCGAGCGCUCGUUACGCCCGCCCAUCCUGGCCCCUUGACAGCGAUAAUGGCGGCUUUGGACGUCAUGCCAUACUCUCCCGGGGCCACGCCCAGCUCCUCGGCGCCCUGGGCUCCCUUGUCGUUUGACGACUUUCUGGACUUCCCUAGCCCCGGUAUCGCCCCCAUGUCUCCUCGCAUGGCACCCGCUCUGAGCUCUGAGCCUCAGCCAGCAGUGCAGGGUGCCGCAUUGGAACCACCAUCUCUCGAUCUGCCAUCGACUUCGACAGCUCCCAGUGUCGUCGCGCCACCGACAUCCUCGGCUCCGUCACCUCCACAGCCCCCGCCGCCUGGCUCGUCACCCGAGGUGCUAUUCCGCUACUACCUGGCUGCUGAGCUUCGUCGUAUCGGCUCGAGCGCAGACGACAAAAUCAUCGACAAGUACGUUGCUCAACACUAUGCCUCGCUCUCCAAGAGCAAGCCUCAGCAGCCCCACUCGAGCGUCCGCCAGCAAGCUCCACCCGCCGCUGCCUCUCCAGCGCAUGCAGUUGCUCAGCCUAAUGCUUUCAAAGAACAAGGCUCGAUGGGCAUGCCUGAAACUUCUGCAUUGAGAGUCUCUCCGGUCGCCACUCGCCGCCCCGACGACGCGAUUGGGAUUGAUCCACACAUGGUUGAGCUUCAUCAACCCUCGGAGCGGCUCACUGCGUCUACCUCGCAGGUCACAGAUGACCAUGUUGAGCUCGGAAACUCUUUCGCAGGCGCCGAUGCAUCUCGUCUACCCUUGCGUGGUAGUCCACGCCUACAAAGAUCCGCUGACGACAUGUCAGAGGACUCGGAAGGGGAGGAGCAGGACGACGUUGCACCCCUUGCUGACGAUGACGGUGUUGACAGCAAAGCUUUACUGCAGAGACAAUUGGCACAGAUUGCCAGUGGCAAGACGGCGCGUUCUUCUAGGGCCGGUAGCGCCGGCACAGUUUCAUCAUCGUCUGGUCUAGGUGGCGAAGCGUACGAUGGCGGCGCACAGUCGUUCAGCGGACACGGACGCUCUGUAAUCAGCGCUGCAGCUAUGCUUCGUCCUUCUCCAGAGGAGUACCAGAAGCUGAGUAGCAAGGAGAAGCGACAGCUUCGCAACAAGAUCUCUGCGCGCAACUUCCGCACACGCAGAAAGGAGCACAUCACCACGCUCGAGGAACAGCUGGACAAUCGCGACGCCAUUAUCGAUAGUCUGCGCUCCCAAGUGUCUUCUUUGACGCUCGCAAACCAACAGCUGACGGAUGAAGUCAAAGUACUCAAGACAAAGCAAAUUUCUCAAACUGACGUUCAGCGUAUCCUUGACGUCUUGCAGCGUUCCGCUUCCACCAGCGGAACGGGCGUCGUGGCCGGAUCAGCCGACGCAACGAGUGCUGCAGCACAAGCACAACGCCUCGGCAUCUCUCGCACCGCGAGCAACAGCAGCUUGGUGGGUCACGCAAACUCGGGAGAUGUCACGAUGUCUGGCAGCAGCCGUCCAUCAACUCCCAACAGCCCAAGGCCACCCAUUCUGCGCCGCUCUUCGCCUUCUAUCUCUGGCCCCAACACGCGCAAGGAUGUGGCUUCUACGAGCUCGGCGUUCUGGGGCGGUGCCAACAGCACUUCCUCUGCGCUCGUUGCAGCUUCUUGAUCCUGUAUCAUAAACCCUCAAUCUCAUCGGCGCCAGCCCUCGCGAGCAGUCUCUCUCUGCAUUGCCUUUCCUUGUGGCAACUGUGGCAUGCGCCGGGUUGCCACGCACACACCGCCACUCGUGCUUUGCGCCAAUCCGCUU